UCGAGUGUUGAGCACAUAGCAUUGACGAAGAUAGAGAGAGAGAGAGAAAAAAGGAACCUUUAUUUAUCUUGUCUAUGAACUGCACUACGUAUGAGAUCAUGAAUACCAGCCAGUCGUCUCUGUCUUCUGUCUACCCGACCUACGACAUCAAUGCUGAAACGCUGGCACAGCAAACGGAUGGCCGGACUACACGAAUUACCAACGCUAGAGCAAGUGCUGCGACGGCAAAGUCGGCCUCCGGUGUGUUUGUACAACUACUACAUUGUUCUCCGCGACCGUCUCGAGCUCGAGACGCUGCUCGACUUUUGGCUGGAUGUGCAGCAAGCGCGCGUAUUGCAUAGACGGUACUUGAAACAGCAACAGCAACAACUACAAAGCAAAAAGUCAUUCAUCACUCUAUCGCCCACGCCAUCGAACUUAUCGCAUGAACAGCAGUUGACCCACUCGCUAUUGCUGGCAUCAUCGGCGCCAUCCGUUGUCACCGAGACGCACAUGGCGCAGGUGGUCGAGCGUAUCUAUUUGCGUUACAUUGUGCCGAGUGCGGAAAAGGAACUUUUUCAUCUUCCGUUGUCGAUGCGCGAUGCUAUUACUGAAAAAGGUCUUGCAGAUGACCCGGUCGUCUACAACCAGGCACAGAAGUAUGUCUAUCAAUUGCUGCAGGCAACUUGGCCCCAAUUUCUGCAAUACAAGGUCUUUAUGAACCUCACUCUGCAUCAACAGCUCGGUCGCGUUGCCGUGGGUCUUGCAAGUCUGCUUAUCGGCUUUUCCAUCGAGUUCUCGUUGAUCUUUUUGAAUUUUCAACCUUGGCAUUAUCGACUAUCGGGCAUCGUACCUAUCUUGUUCGGAGUGUACUGCUUGAUCUCGGGUUUGACAGGAGUAGAUCCGAUAUGGGUGCUGGCGUUCAACGUCAGUGAGACAACCACAUUUCAUUUUAACCGGAUACAACAGCCCAAGGUCAGAGAAAUUCUGGUAGCUCGGUCUGUCAUCGUGCUGAGUAUAUGUUUGCUUAUCACGAUCAUAUUACUGGUGUUAUUUUGUGCAGUGCCAGGGAAACGACUGUAAUAGCCUGACGUACCAUAAUACUUCACUGCAUAUAUUCACAAACAUCGUAUACUCCUCGCAAUGUUUUUUAUUAACGUGCACAUAUACACCACACUAUAC